AUGGUCUAUACCAACCACAAAACUGCCACUGGGGCUAUGAAGCGCUCUGCUUCUGCUCUGGAGGGCCCACCCGGCUGGGAUGUGGCUCCUCCUAUGAUGGCUCCCACUCGCUCGCAAUUCCGCCUGCCUUAUGCCCAUUACGCUAUGAUCUAUCUCGACAAUGAAGGCAAGCUCAAGGUUGAUGAGUCUGUUUCCAUCCAGGAGCAGAGCUCAACCGUCUUCACUCCCGAUGUUCGCCAGAAUUUCCUCGAGAUUCUCGGUGAGAGAAUUGGCUAUCACCAGCCUGUUGCUCGCCGCACUUUGGAUGCCUCACCUCGCCGCGUUCGCCGCCGCAACGGCCCUGCUCCUUCUGUGGUUGAUGAUCAGGCUUCCGAUAACGAUGAUUACCCCCAGAGUGCAUCCAACGACAUGGUCCCUCUCCGUGUGGGAGACACCCAAAAGGUUACCAGCUAUUAUGAGAGUGCUCUAAAGCACUUCCAGCAGCUGAAUUGUCGCAUGGUCGCCAAGGCCUUCAUUAAGUUCAUUGAGCCCCGCAAGCAGGUUCGACACCCAUACAACGGAGGCAAGCCGGCGCCGGGUUCCCCCCCUGGUAGCACCGGCGACCCCGAAAAGACUAAGCCCGAGUGGUGGCCCCCGGGUGUCAUGCACAAGGAGCCCGACCACCUGCGCAAAGAGUACCGUAUUGAGCUUCUGCUCCACAUUAUCCGCAAGCUCGGAGGCCAUGGCAUUACCGCCGACAAACUCAAGGAGGUCGCUGGUGACACCAAGCGUAGCUUGAAGCACCCUUCUCACGUCGAGAUCAUCUUUGAGAUCCUCCGGGUCCGCAAGAUGGAAGAGCGUUUUGAGCGCGGUGAAGUUGAUGCCAACAUGGUUGUAUAUGUUCAGAACCGAGGACCCAGCCCCAAGGGUGAAGACGAAGAAGAGGACUCCAACGAAAUUCCCAUAAUCAACAUCCCCGAGCAUGUCGAGGACGGUCUCUUGACUCCGACCUCAACUGUCGAGCAGAUAACAGCUCCUCUCACAACACCAAUCGACACAAUGCCCAUGCACCAUGGCCGCUCUCAGCCAGACGCAUACUCGCAGCCCAUGCUCAGCACACCAGUGACUGCCGAGCUGAUCAGCCCACAUGAAGUCCUCGCUUUCGACUACUCAACGCAAAACGCGUUCCCAACCUCAUCCCCGGACCAGCAGCGCACAGCAGGCCAUUAUGAUGCCUGGGCACCCUCAUUCCGCCAAAAUAUCUUCAGCCCAGUGGACUACAGCGCCCCGCCAACCAGCCACGGUCUUCCCCCGGCUUCAAUGGCCUACCAAAUGCCCAUGGCCUCGCCGGCCCAGCUGCACGACAUGUCGCACCACGCCCAGUCACCCCUCGACAUGAGCCAACGGGCACUGCCCUUCCGCACUGGCUCCUUGGGACACCCACACGGCCUGCCUCUCUCGCACCCAGCCUAA